GAGAGCCAAGGGCGAGGAAUAACGAAAGCAGCUGAUCUAGAACUCCUCGGGCUCGCCCAGUUGACAGAGCGAAACCUCGGAACGUUCCAGAUCAUAUGCAGCGGAUGGAAUAUUUGCAACAGCUGGGCGGGCAUUGCCGGUACACUCGCUAUUGGUAUCACCCAGGGAGGCACCGUUCUUUUAUUAUAUGGUAAUGUUAUUACUUUGAUCGGAGCUGGAUGUGGUGGAGCCACCCUGGCCGAGCUCGCGAGUGUCUAUCCCACAGCAGGAGGCCAAUACCAUUGGACUUCUAUCUUGAGCCCGAAGAAAUGUAGCCGUAUUCUGAGCUAUUGUUGCGGUGCCAUCAAUAUCUUCAGCUGGAUUUCAAUCAGUGCUGGUGUAACGAUUCUUCCGGCACAGUUCUUCAUCUCCAUGGCGAUCUAUAACAAUUCGGGAUACGAACCUCAAACAUGGCACUAUUUUCUUAUAUUUCAGGCGACGAACAUUAUUAUCAUGCUGUACAAUAUCUUCGCCCUUCGGAGAACUACUUGGGUCCAUGAUCUUGGCUUUGCCGUAUCAGUAUCCUCCUUCGUGGUCAUCUUCAUCACCUGUCUGUCUCGUUCAUCACUUCAGCAAUCUUCCGAAUUUGUAUGGACAACAUUGAUCAAUGAGUCUGGUUGGUCGUCAAAUGGAGUCGCUUUUCUAACUGGACUGAUCAACCCCAACUAUAUCUUCUGUGGAAUCGACGGUGCUAUCCACCUGGCAGAGGAAUGUAGCAAUUCUAUCACGGCUGUUCCAUACGCACUGAUGAGUACACUUGCAAUUGGAUUUGUGACAGCAUUUGCUUUUCUUGUUGCCAUGUUGUACAGCAUGACCAUCAUUGGCACUGUCAUAAACACAGCUACUGGUGUACCCAUCUAUGAAAUCUGGAUCCAGGCCACCCACUCCGGAGCAGCAGCAACGGUCUUCAUCUUCUUGCUGGCGCUGAUAGGUUUCUUUUCACUCAAUGGGUGUCAGCAGACUGCAUCUCGCCUGACCUGGGCAUUUGCUCGCGAUGAUGCUUUGAUCCUGUCCAAAUAUUUUAGUCGCAUUCAUUCACGACUUCAGGUUCCGGUCUAUUGCCUUGUUGCGAACGCAGCCGUCAUUUUUGUCAUCGGAUGCAUUUACCUUGCCUCAUCAACUGCUUUCAACGCUUUAAUUGGCACGGGUCUUAUCUUGCAACAGGUCUCUUUCGCGUUCCCUGCUGCAUUGCUACUUUAUCGCCGUCGCUCAUCCGUUUAUCUUCCGCCAAAUCGAUUCUUCAACCUUGGAGCGUUUGGCUGGAUGGCGAAUGUCAUGACCGUAGCAUUCGGAGCUACUACUUUGUUCUUCUACAAUUUUCCAGCCGAAAUGCCAGUAAAGGGUAGCAAUAUGAGUAAGAUCAUUAUAUUUGGAUAG